UGAGUUUUCUUUUUCUUCUUCAUAAUAGGUAGGCACCAAUAUUACUUUGUGUGUGUAUAUAAAGCACAAGAUUGUUGGGUUUGAAGAAGAUCAGCGAAGAAGUUAGGAUUGCUGCAGGGUGAGGUUGUGGUUAUUGAUUAGUGUGUGGCUAUAUAUGGCUGGGAAGACGAGCACGAUGAUGCCUAUAAUAAGCAAACUGUACUGUUCGGCUUCUCAGAAGGUGUUUGUGGUGAGAAGAAGGCCUCAUGUUGUGAAUGGAGGGGGUUUUGUGGUCACAGAUUGCUCGUCUCAGAAGGUUGUGUUCAGAGUUGAUGGCUGUGGAAUUCUCGGAGCUAAGGGUGAGUUGAUUCUCAGAGAUGGAGAUGGCGAUGCUUUGCUUCUCAUGCGUCGAAAGGGAGGGAUGGUGGAGGCACUGAGCAUCUAUAGGAAGUGGAGAGGGUACUCUUUAGACUACGAAGGAUCAAAGAACCUGGUUUUCAGCUUAAAGGAACCCAAUUCCUGUUUGGUGAGGAAUAAUCUGAUUAGAAUCUCCACUGAGCCAAGCAAGAGCACAAACAAAGCCUGGGACUUCGAGAUCAGAGGGUAUUUCCCCGACAAGAUUUGUAGCAUUAUUGAUUCCAAAGGCAACGUAGCUGCCCAGGUAGGGGUGAAGAAGGAAGUGGAGGAGUUAAUGAUGGGAAGCAAGGAUCUUUACAAUGUGAUGGUGAAACCUGGGAUUGAUCAAGCUUUUGUUUUUGGAGUGAUCGGAGUUCUGGAUUACAUUUAUGGCGAAUCCACAUACUGCUGAAUCAUCGCCAGCCAUAUGCAUUUUAAAAGGAUGGGCUUGGAAGUUUCCAAGAAAGUGGUUUAAGUGUUUUCUCCCAAGAGGAGGAGGAUUUAACUUAACUUGACAAGCCUUGCUAAAUAUGAUUUAAGAGUUUUAGAGGAAGACGACGGUCCCAGUAUUAGUCUAAAUGGGGAAUUGCCUUGUACAUGACGACAACGUCUAACUAGAUGUGGCUUCAAAUUAAAUUAAUUAACCUACCUUAUGCUUAUCCUAAUCCAUAUAUUUAAUUUGCAUGUGCUUGGUUUUAUCUCCUUUUUAAUCCCUCUUGUAAUAACCAGUCAUUCCAAAUUUCGAAUCU